AUGCCAACAUGUGAAAGCACGUAUUGUAUUAAGGAACUUGCUAGGAUACACGUGAUUCCUACCUGCUUUCGUGUAUCAAAGGUGCAUGGCAGUACAGGGGUCCAUCGGCUAGACCCGUCGCCCCCGGAGACUCUUCCUGUUAUCUACUUACCUUCACAGAUUCCGCUCCGAUUGCAACAGGACAUUCCGUGCGGCAAGUAUUCCACAUCCGAUCAGGCUGUGGAAGCCGACGAGCUGGAUUCCAAUAUGCCCAAAGUGAUGGUGGUCAAUGAGAGGUCGAUCGUGCCAGAGUGCAUGAUGGACAGGAUUUCAGAGACACUGGUGAGCAUCCUGACAUUGCUCUUUGGCAGUGUCAGAAUUCAUGGUGCCUGGCCAGUAAACAAGAACACUCAACCGACAACAUGGUCGCGCGUUUGCGACGACCCAUGCAGCAUCUUCGCGGGCGGGGCGGAAUAUGGAUACUUCAACAUCGAUGCCAUGCGAAUCCUGCUACAUGGUGAUGUAGCUGCCACUGGCACCAUGUCGAUCGUGUGA